GCUUACUAAAUAAUUAAUUUUCAGCUGCAGCCGAAGUCAAGCGAAUAUUGUGCAAAGAGCCGUUAGAUUUAUAUUCACCACUUUGCAGGUCCGUUAAGAGCAGCGCAUUGACUGUCUGUCUCAGCGCAUUCCGUGUUGCGUGUUGUUAAGUUUGGGUAAAUUCACCACAUCGUCGUGUUGCUCUCCCGCUCGGGAAGUAACGGCGCUUUUCGUGUUGCACGUCAGUGUGGCUGUGCGGCGGUACGGUACUAUCGUUUCGUAUGUGUGGCUAACGUUCACACAUGUGCAUAACUAACUGUAAAUGCCAGUUGGUUUUCGUCUUUGCAACUUUGUGCGCUUUUCCUCUCUGGUGCUAUUACUUCUGUGCGGCUAAAAUGUCGAGAAUGUUGGGUAAACCGAAUACAAAGGAAAACUUGCUAUAUAAAUGGCAAGUGGAGCUGGGCGAGCCUUGCUUGCAACCGCUUGAUGGCUAUAUGCAUUGCACCCUGUGCAAUACGCUGAUAAGUGCCAAUAGGCGUGCGCAGCUCGUGUCGCAUUUGUAUUCUGCUCAACACUUGGGCAUUGAAGUAAAAUCUCCAGAGAGAAAAAAAAGGAAAAUACACACAACAGCACCGGCAACAGCAACGGUGACAACAACAAUAACAACCGAGGCAGAAGAAGCAGCUAUAACAAAUGAAGAAACUGAGAACCGUACGAAUGCGGACGAAGGCAACGACAAAGACAUCGACAAAGACAACACUCGCAAUGAUAGCGCAUUUGAUCUGGAAUUGUGCGCAGCUUUCAAGUCGGCCAAAAUUCCGCUUGCGGCAUUAAACAAUUCGCAAUUUCGCACCUUUCUUCAUAAAUACACUAACCGCCCCAUACGCGAUGAGCAAUUCAUGCGCUGGCGUUAUAAUGCCUAGGCUUCAAUUGUGCGUACUACUCCAUGAUGAAUAAUAAAGAAAGCCCAACAACGUAAUUUAA